CGCUCGCUCUGGUCAUUUCAGCGAAGGCAGACUCCGUUUAUAUCGCUGGAAGCACAGUGCCAGGCAGACACACCACACAGAGAACGAGUGAGGAAAAGAAAAAGAGCGAGUGAGACUGAAAGCAACCGCCGAGUUUGCAUUGAUAGCCAAAUUAUUUCCACAUCUUAUUCUCUGUCGAGGUUUAAUUGAGGAUUGUUUCGGGACAUUGCAGCCUAUUUUGCAGCCUAAACGUUUGCAGUGAGGUUUCAUUCAAUAUGAUCUGAAAAUACCACCAUCGUGAGAACGUUAUAUAUGUCAACAUUUGAAUCGACGUGAUCUUCAACGCAAAGGUUGGCCUUACAUGCGGAGUCAUCUCUGGCGUGAAAUGGGAUAUUUAGGCAUUUUCUGACAACGUCUGUCAAAAACACUUGGAAACUUUUGUCUAUUCAGACUUUCUCACACACUUGGUCGGGAGUGAAUUCGCUUUGCUUUUUUUUUUGCUGUCAGCUCUUCCAGAAAUGGUGGGGCACUUACAUUUACAAGCUAUGGAUGAUAGUCUAAAAGGCAAGAAUCGAGAAGGGCUGCUCGACAGUCCGGAUUCAGGACUACCCCCAAGCCCGAGCCCGCCCUUCUACUCGCUUUCCCCCGGGCUUCUCGAGUCACGGUCGGGGAGCUGUACGACGCCCGUGGAGCAACACCAUGGGUUCUAUAGAAAAGAGAGCCGAGAGGGAAAAUUGCUUCCCUACCUGCUGCUGAACUCGCAGGGCACAGAGCUCAAGACGCGCAUGCAGCCUGUGGUCUACGGAGAGAGCAUCGAGGUCAACCCCAAACCUGAGCAGGAAGUGAAGUUCCAUUCUUCCGUGAGGUAUGCGUCGGACCGCCACUACCGUGAGCAACUUUACUGUGCGCCUGUUCCCGUGCCCACCAACUUUCGCGAGACGGUGGUGGUGGCGUCUCCCGACUGCACCUGGCGCCACUACAAGGCCGAGGUUUACCUGCAGCCGCGCCACCGGCCACUGCGCUUCCAGAGCACGGCCAUCGUCUACCCUAAGCACGCCCGCAGCACCUACCGCACCACGCUCAGCCACCAGCCCUCGGGCUCGGGGGCCGGCCGCCGCUGGUUCUCCUCCACCGUGCGCCUGGAGUCCAGUGAGGACCUCAGCCCCUGCAUCAUCUACACAGAGGACCUCUGAGGAGACUGUGGAGUGGAGCGGAGAGGAGUCGGCGCAGCAGGAGCGAUGGAACGACGCGGAAGAGGGCUAACAAACCAAUAAACACCAAGCCAGGAAUCACCAGUGGCAGUCGCACCCACCUUAUGAACUCUUGAUGAGCCUCGUGUGAAGGGAGGCCAGAGGAUUGGGGUGGGGGGCGCUGGGGGACUAAACUUAACUCUUCUUGUGAAGAUAAGGGAUCUAAAUGGACAGAAAGGGUGUGUGCGAUGGGGCAAAUAAGAGGGACAGGCGGACCGGCACCAGAAGGGAGACGUCUGAGACAGAACACUUUAUUUGUCUGCCUGGGUGUUGUGUCUGCCUGGUAGUACAUAGAUUAGCGGAGAGGUUACAGUGUUGCUAAUCUUUUUUUUUCAAUAGGUUUUUCCCGCGUAUUUACUUUGUCUUAUAUAACUGCCUUAAAAAUCCCUCACAGUGCUGAAGUACUCCCUAGGGCACCAUGUCAAAUACAUCCUCAGCCAACAUAGCUGUGGCUGGAAUCCUGCAGACAGAUGUUAUAAGAAGAAUAGUACAUUCUGAAAUGCAUCCUACGUUAUUUUGCGUACUCCCAUAACUUAAUACUCUCUUGGAAAGCCAAUUAUGUUAGCCACAGCUGUCUAACAGCCUGAUUGCACUCAUUGGUGUAUAUAUGUAUAGUUUUGUUCCCUUUUGCUUGCUGGCUUUGCUGGUGUCCAAGCAGGAUGCCAGGCCUGUCGUGAGCACUUGAAAGGUUGGACCAAAGAUUUGACAGUAAGACAGACUGUCAAGCUCUGGGAAGUUUUGGUAUCCACAAGAACAAGACAUUUUAUGUAGGCCCUCAGUGUUGUGGCUCUGUCAUGGUGCUACUGCAGGUCUUCUGCUGGGAAUGCAGGUGUUUGGUCCAGUUCCAACUCACACAUCUUAUCAGUAAGAUUCUUUACAUACGAUUAGGACAGGGUCAGAUUUCAAAACAACAGCAUCCCCAUUUGAAUAAUAAUCUCUCUUAGGGCGUACUCACACUAUGCCAUCCGUACCGUGCCCGAGUAUGUUUGAUCCCCAAAGUCCGGUUUGUUUGACCAGUGUGAUCGCUCCGUACCGUACCCGGGCACGGUAUGCUUAUCCGUGCCUGGUAGAGAUGCACGGUUCGCGGUUGCAGCCACGGACUCCGCGGUUAAACCACGAAUCGGGCGGAUGACGUGAAGAAAUAUAAUAUUUUAAUUAAAUUCGGGCGGGUGGCGGUUGAACCAAUCAAACGCAUCACCCAUAUACAUUAAAACAACCAGGAGGGUGCGGUUUUGAAAAUUGGUCAAAAAACGUUGGUGCGGAUGGAUGGCGGAUGGAUGAUAAGUUUUGCUAUGCGGUUACGGUUGAAAUAAUAGCCCAUCCGCGCAUCUCUAGUGCCCGGGUCCACUUGAGGAGGUGGACUCGGGCACGGUACGGUUGAUAUGCAAAGAUUCUAGAGCACAGCAACUCAACCGUGCCUGGGUACAGUUUGAUAUUAUGCAGUGUAAGUGCGGACCAAGAACGGGAGAGAACCGUACUCUGGCACGGUACAAGUGAAUUGUGCCUGGUGUGAGUACACCCUUAAUAUGCAGUUUGACAAUUUUCUUGGAAAAUUUAAAAUGAGCAUGUAAUGGAAGAAUGUGUGAAAGACAAAAAGAGUUUGAUGUAUAUAGAACAUGCUGUAACCUCAAUUUGUUCCUUUUGACUGAGUUGUGAUAUAGUCCUGCAUUUGGAUUUAUUAAUUUAGUAGUUUUUCAUUUUCUGGGUAAUGAUGACCAUUAUAGAAGCUCCUCCUAUCUCUUCACUUCAUAUGUCAGUCCUUUAAUUCCCCUGAUGCAGAAAGUGUAUUAUAAUAUGCCUAAAAUAAGAGUUUCCUUUCAUUUACAUAUGAGUUUUUCCCCUUUCUAAUGGAGGAUUAAGUACCUGUUGUACAUUUGUGUUGGGAACCUGAUCCUCAAGACUUUUAGCUCCUUUUUUGUUGUUGUUGUCAGUCUUGUGUUGUUGAAUGGUAAAUGCUCAAUUUGGUAAAUAUUGAACUAUGCAAUUCAGAUUUCUUACCUCAUUUAUGAAAAUCUUUCUUAUCUAAGUGUAAAGGUUUGUUUUUCCAUUUCUUGGUGAAAAUGCAAUGGUUCUUGCUUAGGAAAAUACAGAGCAAGGUUUAGCUGAAAUACAAAAGGGAAGAGAAUGGAAAAUGAAGAGAUUGGACAGAGCUUUAAGAGCUGAAAGGAAAGUAAUAAGAUGGGAUAUUAUUGGUGGAAAGAGUAAGAUGGGAUAUUAUUGGUGGAAAGAGUUUUUAGCUUGUGGCGGCUAGCUUUACCAGGCCACUUGUGAGCUAGCUGUAUUAGAUCUCUGGAUAUAGCACGGCUAAAGAAGGCCAUCUGGGGGAAGCAUUUAAAGGAGGCACUCCAUUCCAUUGCAGCAUUGUUGGGAUGUUGCUGUAGAUUGACUGAUAGAUGAUACCAAUGAAAAAAAAGCUAUUGAGACUCGGCUUCAGACAGCAGCUGAGUUGGGAAAGGACUUGGUCCUGACUUGGCAUGGAUCAGGUAGAUCCAUUUCAGGUUCCGAGGAGUGCGUGGUAGUCUGAUCAAGGGUCUGAUCCAUCAGAUUUAAUUCAUUACCCCUUACUAUAGAUGCACAUAGGUUUUGUGUUAAAGCUGUGUUGAAAUGCAUGUUGAGAAGAGCAUGGCACACUGGGGGCUCCAUUUGGGGGUGGAAAACAGUCUCUUACCCAUCUGUAAGUGUGAGAUGAAAACCUGGAAGUGUGUGAAUUUUGUAGAAUAAACUCACUGUCUGGUGGUAACAGGAAGCAGAGUUGAUCAUUAACAAAAAUGUCUACUGGCCCACAAAGAAAUAGGGCCAUUGUGGUCGUGCAGAUGAGGGCAAAUCAAGGUUUCAGCUGACGCAAGUCCGGUAGCCGAAUUCUGUGAAGGCCUUGUUCAAGACCAGUGAUAAUGGAAAAUUGUGAAGGUUUUAGGAAAGUGACGAGGGUCUGUGUGAAGUCUGUCAGAUGAUGUGGUGGAUGUGAAAAAAGACUAGAGAUUAUUUUAAUUUAGGGAAUUUCAUGAAAGAGUACUCCAACAGUUACUGUUCCUGUCUCUUAAUGUUUUGAGGAUUUGUUUGUAAAAUACUUUUGUUGUUGUAUAUGUGGAAAUGCGGCACUUCAUAAUUCUCUUUAUAUUUUUGUAUAAUUUCCCAUGUUGGUGGUCUCCUUUUUUUUUUUGGAAAGCAGAUGAGUAAAUAAUUUAAAGAGGAAAAAUGUAUAUCUUAAAUAA